AUGGCGCUCCAACCGACAGCUACCGCGGCCGCGUAUGCUCCAGACCGUUUGGAUUUGUGUUGGGCGGUCGAGAAAAAGCAAACUGUGCUCACAACGCACGCUACGCCCAUGGCUCCCUGUAUACUUGCAAGCCGCGAAACGAACUACCUCGAGCAAGAGACCGGCUGGCGUGCAAUCAACACGACUAGCCUAGUAGAAGGCCUCAUCAUGAUGCCACGUUAUGUCAGGACGAACUGGCGAGAAAACGGUCCUCCACAGCUGGCUUGCCUCCAUCAUAGAACCGGCCUAUCUUCCAAGCGACUCUAUCCAUUGGAUCUAGUGGUUACCUCAGCCAAGGUAGUCUGA